AUGAUAUCUAAAAUUUUAUUAUUAUUAUUAUUUUUUUUUAUUUUAAAUUAUUACAAUAUAAAUGCCCUUAACUUUAAAAGUCAAAUAAAAGAUGAAGAAGAGGAUGAUAAAGAUUUUCCUGCUCUUCUUGCUUUAAACAAUAUAAAUUAUUCACUAUCAAAUAGUGAAGAUAUUAAAAAUGUCAUUAAUCCUUAUGCUGAAAUAUUUCCUACAUCAAGUGAACAUUUACAAAAUUUUAUCAAUAAUACUGAUUUUCCUUCUAUUAAUCCAGAAACAUUAUCACGAUUCUUUAAUUUUAAUUUUGACAAUAAUAAGGAAGAACAAAAUAAUUUGACUUCUACGACAACUACAACUAAUGAUGCUAAUCAUAGUACAAUUGAAGAUAUUGUCAUUACGACAAAAUCUCUCUUAUUUACAAGAACACCAUUCUCCACAAAAAAUACUACAAUUAGUAAAGGAGAAAGUCUUUUUGAUAAAACGACAACACAAAUGGUAACAGAAACGACAACAAAAGCGACAACAGAAGCAGCAACAGAAGCGGCAACAGAAACGACAACAGAAAUUACCUCUACUAGUAGUAGUACUACUACUACAAAAACAACAAAACACCAACCACAAAUAUCAAAAUAUGUCCAAAAACAACCUAAAAAUACAUCAUUACCGGCACAAAUUCAUGUUCCAUCUCAUAGAUUAUUAAACGAUAUUCUUGUAAUUCCUUCAACAAGAAGAUUAUAUAUUCUUUUAAUAACAUCAAUUCAUGAAUCCUCUGAUAGACAAGGUCUUGGAUGUGGAAAUGUUGAUGUAAAUGCUUUUAUACGAUUAGCUUCUUUUUUAAAAUCUCUUCAAGAAGUUAAUUUAUCAAAAUCUAUGAAAAAUUCUGCCCUUAAUUUAGGUGCUGUUGUAAUAGAUACCUGUAACAGUGAUUUAAGAACUUUAGCUGAUUUAUAUGAAUUAUUAUCUGGAACAAAUAUCUACAAAGAAGAUAUAAUUGCAAUAAUUAAAGAUGACAAUAGCUACCUUCCAAAUGUUGAUGAAUUUACAAAAAAUCUUGAAAUACCAAUAAUAACAACAUUUUUUUCACAUUUUAAAUCACACUUAACAACAGGAAUCCUUCCAUCAGCUGGUCAUAUAUUCACAUCAGUUGGAGAAUUUUUAAAUUAUCAACAAUCAACAUGUGUCUCAAUGAUAUCAGAUCUUCUUUAUUCUGAGGUUUCUACUAUAGUAUCUGAAAUCUUUUCUCAAAAAAAUAUAUGUAUUGAGGAGAAUUAUAAAAUAGAAGGAGUUUCAACUGUUGGUAAACAAAGAAUUAUCAUUCAACAACUUUUGUUAACUCAAGCACGAUUUAUUGUUAUAUUAUAUGAUGAAAAGUCAUUCCUUGAUUUAUUGGAAGCAUUAAAAAUUGAAAUGAUUCUUCCAUCAAGAUUUGUUUUUAUAACAAUUCAAGAUAGUAGGUGGUCAACGACAAACAAUUACCUUAAUCAAUGGGGACAUUUUGAUCAAGUUUUAUUAUCUAUUGCAACAGAAUCACUAGUAUCAACAAAUUAUACAAUACAAUUAGCAAAAAGUUUUCCUAAUUUACCAUUUCCUUUAGCUUGGUUAAAACAAUUUUGGUCCUCAGCAUACAAAUGUCAUAUAGAUAUUGGAAGUAAUGGAAAAAAUAUAAGAAAUGAAUUUUCUAAACCAUGUGAUCCUAAUCAAAAAUUAGAUAUAAAUACAAUUGCACCAAAUGUUGAUGUUGCUCCUAUAACAUUAGCUGUUCAUGCUAUAUCUAAUGGUUUAACUGAUCUUAUUGAUGAAACAUGUCCAGGAGCUUUAAUAUCAACACUUAAUGAUUGCCUCAAUGAUCCUUAUAAAAAUUUUCAUUUUUCUAUUCUUAAAACAUCUUUCAAAGAUCCAACAGUUAAUUUUACUAGAAAUUUUUCUUUCAAUUCUAUAACAUCAUCAUCUGAAUCUGAAUUGGUUAUUAAUAAAAUAACUACUUAUGGUGGUAAAAUAACUUAUGAUACAAUAUCUAGAUGGAGUCCUGAUUUUGGUUUUACCUAUACAUCAUCAUCAAAUUUAACAAUUGAAAAUAGAGAUGGUAAAUUUAUUCCAGUAAUCUCAACAUGUCCUCGAUCAAGUUGUAUGCAAAAAGUUACAUUUAAUUUUAAAUCACAAAAAACACCAAAAUUAUCUAUGAAUUUUGAAAGAACUUCUGUUAUAUUUUUUGCUACUAUUGCUUGUACCUGGUCUUUCAUAACACUUAUAGGAUUUUAUCAUCGUCUUUUUGGGUCUCCAGCUAUGUCUCCAUAUAGAGUAUGUUAUGCUGUAGCAUUUUUUGGUUUUGCUUUCUUAUCAUUAAUUAGUUUAUUUUUUAUUGCAUCACCAACAAAUUUAAGUUGUGUUGUAAGAAAAAGUUGCCUUUCAAUUGGUAUAACAUUUAUCUUUGGUCCAUUAUUUGUUAAAACAUUAUCAUCAUUAAGAGUUAAUAUGAAAUUUGGUAAUAAAAAUUCAAAUGAUUUUUAUAUAUCAUGUCAUCCAUCAUCUGGUAUUUUGCUAGGAUUAAUAUCAAUAUUUAUAUUUAUUCAAAUAAUUGUUGUCUUGGAAUGGGCAAUUUUUAGAGAUAUGUCAUCAUUAACAUUUUCACAAUUUAAAGAAGAUUACUCAUGGAGGUGUUCUCCUGGUAAUAAUUUUGAAGAAUCUCUUUUAGCAUCAUUAUCAAUUAAUGGAAUUAUUAUUUUAAUUACCCUUCUUUUAGCAUUAUUUAAUGCUAAAGAUGAAGAAAGUAUUUCUAUGUAUAUAUCAUUACCAUUAAUGGAAUUUUAUACAAGAGAUAUUGUUGUGGGGUGUUUAAUUUUAAUAUUUUGUAUUAUUGGUCCAUCAGCAACAUAUAUAAAUUAUCUUUGUAAAGAUAUUAAAAAAAGAAAUUAUUGUGUUGCUAAACAUUUAAAAAAUAUUAAUUAUCAAAAUCAUUAUACAUUAGAGGGUGGAGAUGAAAAUAAAAAAAUAACGAAUACUUCUUAUAUAAAUCAUGGAACUUUAGGAACUACAAUGAAUAAAACAUAUAUUCAUUAUCCAACAUCACUUUAUGCAACUGGAAAUUUUGUCAAAGCAACAGAUAUUAAUACAAAAAAUCUUAGAAAUUCUCCUUAUCCUGUUCCGGCAGUUACAGGUAUAAUACCACCAGUAUCAGCUUAUGCUGAACCACAGUUAAGUGUAUGUACCGAUGAAUCUGUUUCAUCAUCUGCCACACCAAUCUUACUUUCACCUGACUAUGAUACAUCUCCAGAGAAUGAUGAUAAUGAUAAUAACAAGAAAAAUAAUGACAAAUUUUCAGAAGUUUCUGUAUAA